UCCCACGUUCCACCACAAUCCCCUUAAGAAUGCCGCGCGGAGUUCUGGGACUUGAAGUCCGCGGCCUAUUUACUCAAGUUAGAAAUAGGAGCCCGUGGAAACAUGAAGAGAGUAAACAGUUGUGUGACGAGUGAUGAGCAUGUCCUGGAGGAGUUGGAAACAGAAGGGGAGAGGCAGCUGAAAAGCCUUCUUCAGAAUCAACUUGAUACCUCUGUCUCCAUUGAAGAAUGUGUGUCUAAGAAAGAGAGCUUUGCUCCAGGUACUAUGUAUAAGCCCUUUGGGAAGGAAGCAGCUGGGACUAUGACUUUGUCACAAUUCCAGACACUGCAUGAGAAGGACCAGGAAACUGCUUCUCUCAGGGAACUAGGGCUCAACGAGACAGAAAUACUGAUCUGGAAAAGCCAUGUUUCAGGUGAAAAGAAGACAAGACUGAGGGCCACCCCUGAAGCAAUACAGAACCGUCUUCAAGAUAUUGAAAAAAGAAUCUCAGAGCGCCAGCGCAUCCUUUGCCUGCCACAGAGGUUUGCAAAAAGCAAACAGCUUACCCGGCGGGAAAUGGAAAUAGAAAAGUCUUUAUUUCAGGGGGCUGACCGUCAUUCCUUCCUUAAGGCUCUUUAUUACCAAGGCUAUCAUACCAAAAAAAAGACAAGUGCAGACAAGUACAUGACCUUAGUGAAGAGGAAGAUAAUAUUAGGUUCAAAAGAUGAACCCCAAAAGAAGAACAAAGGUGACCCCAUGAACAACCUGGAAAGUUUUUACCAAGAGAUGAUAAUGAAAAAACGUCUCGAAGAGUUCCAACUUAUGAGAGGUGAACCCUUUGCUUCCCACUCACUGGUCUCAGCUACAUCAGUGGGAGAUAGUUGCACAGCUGAGAACCCAUCAUUACUCCAGGACAAGGGAAAACAGGCAGCCCAGGGUAAAGGUCCCAGUCUCCAUGUGGCAAAAAUUAUUGAUUUUUCACCUGAGCAGUGUUGGACGGGGCCUAAGAAGCUGACGCAGCCAAUAGAAUUUAUCCCAGAAGAUGAGAUCCAGAGAAAUCGUUUGUCAGAGGAAGAGAUCCGAAAAAUUCCUAUGUUUUCUUCAUAUAAUCCAGGGGAGCCAAACAAGGUGUUGUAUCUGAAGAACCUUAGCCCCCGGGUGACUGAGAGGGAUCUUGUCUCACUAUUCGCUCGGUUCCAGGAAAAAAAAGGACCUCCAAUUCAAUUCCGAAUGAUGACUGGACGCAUGAGAGGCCAGGCUUUCAUCACCUUCCCCAAUAAGGAGAUAGCAUGGCAAGCAUUACAUCUAGUAAAUGGAUAUAAACUGUGUGGGAAAAUAUUGGUGAUAGAGUUUGGAAAGAACAAAACACAACAGUCACAUCUCCAGGCUGCUUCUCUCAUACCAUGUGCUACAGAUAACACUACAGAAAUCAUAAAUAGAUUGUGAAUCUGGGGUGGUCCUUUUAUAUCAGAAACUUGAAUAUAGGAUUUGUGUAUAGAUAUCUGUUUGGAGUUGAAGAGUAGAAACUAAGUGAGUAGGAAAAAAGAGUAAUCAAAAUAAUCCCUUUCAGCUUUGGGAGAAAAUUGAUAGAAAGCAUUUUUUAUAAUAAAAGAAUGCAUAGGAUAAAUGAUAUGCUAAGAAUGAAGGGUAGGAUACAAAGAGUAUCCUUUUCUCAGGAUAAAUUAGAAAGGUUUUUUUAAUCUUUAUAAUUUUUCUGGAGUCUUCAACAUUUAUCCUUAGAAUAACAUUCUCUCCAAGUCCACCUCCUAUAUAAGAACGAGAAAACCAGUUAACAUGUUGAAAUAUUUAUUUACUAGAUCUCAUUCAUCCCUAAUUUUGCCCACCUAGUAAGCAAAAGACUAGGACCCUAGGCCUAAACAUCAACAAAUGUUGUAAAGUCAUAACUAUCAGUAGUAGCAGUAGGUAAUUUCAUAAGUUGGUCCAUAUAUUUAAUGAAUGCUUCUCAUUAAGCUAACAAAAAGCUAUAUAUUUUUCUAAAGGAAUUUUUAGAUCAAAAUAUUGGCAUUCUUGCCAUUUAAGCUAGCUACCAUUGAGUGAUCAUUCAAUUCAAAGCAAUAAAUAUUGGAUAAUUGUCUAAUAUCUGUUUGGCAUUAGUUAUAUGAAUUUUAGAAGAGAAACAUGCUCGCAAAAAUAUACUCAAAGGGAGUGAGAGGAAAGAGUUCUCUAAAAAGGAGGCAGCCAUCCCCAAAUCUCCAAGUUGUUUGUUUAUGGUUGCUGGAGGAUAGAAAGACAGUAAGGUAUGGAGGAAGUAGUAUAAACUUUGGAGUCAUUCAGACCUGUUUAAACUUCAUAACUAUACUUAUCUCUUUGGGAUCUUUACAAGUCAAUCUGAGCUUCAGUUUUCUCUCUUGUAAAAUUAGGACGAUAAUAUUACUUAUCUCAUUGGGUUCUGAGCAUUAAAUUGAGAUGAUACUAUCCAGGCUGAGAACAGAAAGAAAGAAUAAUGAAGAAAAAUGAACAGAGUCUCAGAGAACUCUAGGAAACCAUUAGCCACACCCAACAUACGCAAAAUGGGAGUGCCAGAAGGAAAGAGAGAAGAAAGGAGCAGAAAAAAUAUAUAAAGAAAUAAUAGCUGAAAAUGUCCCAAAUUUAGUGAAAAGACAUUAUACAUCCGGGAAACUCACCAAACUCCAAGUAGGAUAAAGGCAAAGAAAUUGCCAAACAGGAACAUUGUAAUAAACAUGCUGAAAGGCAAAGAGAAAAUCUUGAAAGCAACAUGAGAAAAAAUGGAUCAUCACCUUACAAGAGAAUUUCAAUAACAUUUCUCAUCAGAAACAAUGGAGAUGGCAGUGGGAUAAUUUAUUUAAAAUGAUCAAAGACAAAAAACUGUUAUCCAAGAAUUCUAUAUCCAGCAAACUAUUCUUCACAAAUGAAGGUGAAAUAAAGCCCAGAUAAUUAAAAACUGAAAAUUUGUUCCUUGAAGACCCAUCUUACAAGAAAUAUUAAAUGAAGUCCUUUGGGCUGAAAACAAGUGACCUCAGACAGUAAUUCAAAUCCAUACCAAAAAAAAAAAAAAAAAAAAGCAUUGGUUACUAUAAAAGACAGUUAUAAAUGCAUAUUUUCCUUCUCAACUGAUUUGAAGAAAAAUUGUAUAAAACUAUAUAUGUAGCUGCAUUCUUGGGCCUGUAAUGUAUAGAAAUGCAGUAUAUUUGCCAAUAACAACACAAAGGAGGUGGGUGGGAGCAAAAUUGUGUUGGAAUAAUGAAAUGACUCUAGAUGAUAACUCAAAUCCCCAGGAACAAAUAAAGAGAACCAAGAGAACCAGAACUGGGAAAUGAGAAGAUUAAUCUAACAAAAGAUAUAAAAACUGUGCUUGCUCUCCUUUCUUCCCUUAGCUUAGCUUCUCUAAAAGACAUAAAAUUAUAUAAAGGAAUAAUUAUAAUGUGCUGUUUGGUAUAACAUAUAUAGAAGUAAUAUGUAUAACAAUAACACCACAAAAAGGGGGGGGGGGAAUAGAGCUAUAUAGAACUAAAUUUUCUACAUCUCACUGGAAUUAGUAUAAAUCUGAAGCCAAUUCUGGUAAGGUAAGAUGUAUACAGUAAGCCCUAAAGCAACCACUGAGGAAAUAACUAAAAAAUACAGUGGAAAAAAUCAUUAAAGAAAUUAAACUGUAGCAUUAGAAAUUACUGAAUGUAAAAUAAAGCAGUAAAAGAGGAAUAGAGGAACAAAAAUAGAUGAGACAGAAAACAAACAGUAAAAUGGUUGAUAUAAAUCCACCUACAUCAAUAAUAAUAUUAAAUGUGAAUAGAUUAAACAAUUCAAUCAAAAGGCAAAGAUUAUAAGAGUGGAAAAUAAGAUUCAACUCUAUGCUGUCUGCUGGAAAUACUUUGAAUUCAAAACUUUAAAUAUAUGGAAAGUGAAAGGAUGAAAAAAGUAUAACAUGCAAGCUGUCAUCACCAGAAAGCUGGAGUGGCUAUACUAGUGUCAGACAAAAUAAACUUUAAAACAAAAAAUGUUACCAAAGAUAAGGAGGGAUAUUUUACAAUGUUAAAAGGGUCAAUCCAUCAUGAAGAUAUAACAAGUUUAAGGAAAUAUGUAUCCAAUAAUGGAGCACCAAAUUAAAAGUAAAAACUAAAAAAAAAAAUGAAGGAAGAAAUAGACCAUUCAACAAUAUUACUUGAUGGCAAUACCCCA